UGUAAUUGCGGGUGACGAAUCGCAGUAGGGGGCUGUUCUGUUAGUAGGAAAAGGCUGGCCGUCGCAGGUGUUGCCUCGCUCGGUGUUGUGGCGGUUACUUGCCUUGAUUGCGAACACCUUAAUCCUUACCCGCACAGUUUUAAAACAAUACUUAUGUCCGCUUAUGACUUCAUACAUAUAGGGAACGCCUGCUGUAGAUUGUGAACGAGUUUGAGACCAUGAAGAAAGUUAAACUUUCCGCGACAACUGGUGCUGCUGCAGGCAAGGCUGCAGGCGCUCCCGGAGGAUCUAAUGGCCCAACUAAUGCUGGCGUAGCUGCAGUGGACCCUUUAGCCCGGCGCGUUGGGAAAGUCAUCUUCGAUGCCGCUCCUGUGCGCGUCUGGCUCCCAUUGGUCCUCCGCACGCGAAAGAUUUCUGCAUACUGGGAGUCAUACCAUAAUGCAGACUUCGACAGGCGUGACUGUACUGCGGCAGAGGACUGGACGUUGGAGCAGGUGGCCAGCGCAUUCAAUGAGCUGUAUCGCGGUGGGCGCUAUGAGAACAGCGUUUGCCUGGCCGUGAAGGAGUACGUGGAGGCUGAACUGCUGCGGGAGGAGGCUCGACCGCUUGUGGAGCUAUUCUACCAGGUGCCGGACGGCACGCGCAUGGGUCCCGGUCACCUGUGGGACGGCGGUGAGGAGAAGGCGUACUGGGAACUGCUGCCGGCAGCGUUAAGACCCUUCGGCCCCAGCGUAAGCUUCCCGCGGGUCCUUAGGGUGCUGGAAAGCACUCUGGCGGGCGGCGGGCAGCCUGAUAUCCUCUCCCAGCUGGACCACCGCCUGCCGCUGCGGCGUGUGCUGCACAUCGACGGUGCCGACCAAGGCGCGGAGAGCAUCACGCCCGGGCCCCACGUGGAGGGCCUGUUCUGGGUGGCGGUAGUGGGGGCCGCUCCCCGGGCGGCUGCCCAGCCGGCGGCGGGGGGCAGCGCGGCGGGCGCGGCGGGUGCGGCGGGUGCGGCGGGCGCGGCGGGCGCGGCAGGCGCGGCGGGCGCGACAGGCGCGGCGGGCGAGGAGGGCGCAGCGGGUGCGGCGGGUGCGGCGGGCGCGGCGGGCGCGGCGGGUGCGGCGGGUGCGGCGGGUGCGUCAGCGUCUGCCACCGCCGCCGCCGCCGGACGUGGGCAGCAGGCGGCGGCGCCGCCGGCAUCGGCGCCAUCCGCGGCGGCGGCGGCGGCGGAUGCGGCCUCUCCGGUCGUGCACCGCAGCUCCUGCCCUGCGCUCCAGGCGGCGGCGCCGGCGUCGGUGGCAGUGUUCCCGGUGUUCGGCCGCUUUGACGCUCGUGUCAAGGUGUGGGACAUCGACCACGGCUUUGGCGCGGAGCCGCGCCCGCACGUUUGGACCCGGUGCGGUCACCCGCAGUGCAGUGGGUUGUUCCAGGCUGCUGCCGAGCAGUAGUGGCAUGCAGACAUGGUCUGCCCCGCCAGUUGGUGGGGCACUCAUGAGGAGUGAGCACGGCUUACCGUCCUUGUUGCAUGUCGUCUGUCCACUGUCUUGACGUUUGUGUUGGAACAAACCCGCUGGUCAGUGCGCGGCCUGUUUUGCGAUGCUUCUACUUGAUGUGUUUGCGUGUGCACUGCUGCAUGCCAUCGGGCCUGCUGACGCUCCCUGCUGAUCACACGGCCGACAAUAUGCGUGCAAGCGCUGCCCCUGUGCAAGUACAGUAUCAUCUGACGAGUGUGGUGUUUGUUGCUGUGACUCAGCGCAGUCAGGCAGUGGUGGUGUUUGGGGCCGGGGCAAGAUGGUUUGGUUGACAUGGCGCAUUUACGGUACUAGCUGCGGUUGUAGUUCAAGGAGUGCGAGCAGGAAUAUUCCUUCAUUAAUGAGUCCGCGUGAAAACAGUGCAAUUGCAACGCGUUGGCGUGCAUAUCACAAACACCUGCAUUGCAGCGGAAUGGUAUCGUACACGUGAGUAUGCGGGUCUACUGGAUGGGACUUCCUGUCCAGAGGUAGGCCGUCAGGCGCACAUCGAAUUGCUGGGGUAUACAUGACAGCCGAGGCAACAUCUGUGUAACUGUAGUUGAGA